AAUGAUUAUUAUUAUUUAAUGAUGUAUUGGAUGUGGCAUAUGAUGUGUGUUGUUACAAUAAAGGGUGUUCAAUUGAAAGAAAGAAAAAGAAACAAAAAGUUGCUACGAAUGUUAGUUUUGAGAGGGCUUUAUAAAGAGAGUGAUGUGAAAUGCAAGAGUGAGCUUCGCGUUAAUAGAAGAACUUUCAAUAUUAUUUGUGAGAUGCUUAGAGACAUUGGGGAUUUGAGUGGAACAAAAAAUAUGUCACUUCAAGAGAUCGUAGCCAUGUUUUUAUACACGUUGGCUCACCAUAAGAAGAAUAGGUCUAUUGGACAAUAUUUCUUUAGAAGUGGAGAAACCGUGAGCCGACAAUUUUACCUUUGUCUAAGGGCUCUUCUCAAAUUACAUGAAGUAUUACUUUACAAUCCCACACCAAUAUUGGAUGAUUGUGAAGAUGAAAGGUGGAAAUUUUUCAAGAAUUGUUUAGGGGCAUUAGAUGGGACUUACAUUAAUGUAAAUGUGCCUUCACAAGAACGACCAAAGUAUAGAACAAGAAAAGGAACAAUUGCUAUGAAUGUAUUGGGUGUUUGUGCACCCAAUUUGCAAUUUAUUUAUGUUCUUCCUGGUUAGGAAGGUUCGGCCCAUGAUAUGCGUGUACUUCGCAAUGCUCUCUCUAGACCAAACGGUUUUAGGGUAACUCGAGGUAAGUGAAGCUCAUUCUUUUGUGAAUGUAUAAGUUUUGUUAGUUUUGGUAGGUAGUAAUCCUUUCCUUUAAUAACUUUGAAGGUAAUUAUUAUUUGGUUGAUGCGGGAUAUACGAAUUGUGAGGGUUUUCUUGCUCCAUAUAAAGGUCAAAGAUACCAUUUAAAAGAAUGGACGGAUCGACAACCCAAAAGUGUCGAGGAGUUCUAUAACAUGAAACAUGCUAGGGCGCGAAAUGUGAUUGAGAGAUGUUUUGGCCUACUUAAAGGAAGAUGGAGUAUUCUUAUAAGUCCUUCAUUUUUCCCUAUAAGAACUCAUGGACGUAUCGUGAUGGAUUGUUGCUUAUUGCAUAAUCUA